AUGAAGAAGCUCUUGGCUCUCUUGGCGCUCUUGGAGCUCUUGGUGAGUAGUGUUGUAGCAGUGGAAGUAUCAACAGGGUGGUCCAGUGGGCAUCUGAGCAUUCAAGGGCGCCGGAGAUACCAGGAAGAUCGGCUACUAGCGCUUGCCGACUUGCUCGCCGAUCAUGGUGAUAGCCGGGUGGGAGUUUUCGCCAUCUUCGACGGCCACAUAGGCUCCCAGGCCAGCGAGUUCCUCGUCCAGAACUUCGAGCCCAAGCUCCGCGCAAACCUCCGGGGAUCACUGGAUGCCUCUAGCAGUAAAAUCGACGCUGGAGUUGUCAGGGCGGCUCUGGAGAAGACCAUCGCAGAGCUGGAGAGCUCGUUUCUCAAGGAAGCCUACAAGAACCGGUGGCCAGCGGGAUCCACCGCGUGCGUAGCAGUAGUGACGGACGAGUUCAUGGUCGUGGCCAACGUUGGCGACUCGAGGGCGAUCGCGUGCGUCCGCGACGGUGGCGAGAAGCUGGUUGCCAAGGCGCUAACGAGCGACCAUCACCCGGAGUUACCCGCAGAGAAGCACCGGAUAGAGGCCGCGGGCGGCGUGGUACGCUUCGGCGUGAUCGAUGGCCACUUUCCAAUGUCGCGCGCCAUCGGGGACCUCCCGCUCAAGAACCACGGCGUGAUUGCCACCCCAGACGUGUCGAUGUGGACGAACACCAACAAAGAUGGGUUUAUCGUGUUGGCCUCGGAUGGGCUCUACGAAGGGAUGAGCGAGCAAGAGGUUUGCGACAUAGCCGCGAUGGUUGAUCCAACAACAUCUGAAUUGGGCCAGGCAGUGGCAGAUCAAGCUGUUAGAAAGGCGAGCGAUUUGAGUAGAGACAAUAUCUCCAUUGUUGUUAUCCCGCCCAACCAGUGAGAAGAUUUUAACCUAAUUUAAUG